AUGAACGGAGACCUCAACGACAACGACCAUAACAACGAUUCCCAGGAUCCCAAGUCUCACAAGGGCAAACUGUUCCAGUGCACCGGCUUUGGCGACUGCCACAUGGUCUUUACCCGCAGUGAGCACCUCGCUCGUCAUGCUCGAAAACAUACUGGCGAGAAGCCCUUCAAGUGCGUCGUCGAUGGCUGCACGAGAAUGUUUAGUCGCUUCGACAACAUGGUCCAGCACACGCAAACCCACACCAAGAGUGGAGAUACCGCCCUGAACGAGCAGAUUGCCCAAAGGAUUGCCAUGGAGACCCGUCGCAAGAGCGAGGUUAGCGGCACUUCUGCCCUGGGCCGUCGAUUCAGCGUCAAGGCCAUCGGAGCCAAGCGUUGUUCGAUCUCGUCCGCGUCUGGGUCUGAUGCUCCUCGUCGCAAGUCUCGCCACGAGCGUGUUCAGUCGCUGCCUAUGCUCAAUGUCAUGACCGAUCCUCACCACCGAUCAUCCUCCCCAGCCCUGCCAUCGCCCAUCACCCCUUCCAACUCGUCUCCACUGUCGCCCAAGAAGCGUUCUAAAGGUGCCAAGUCUCUCGGACGCGAGAGUGGCCGUAUCCAUAAAAGGUCGCAGGGCGCGACCAAACCCCGAAGCGGGUCCUUGGAGGCCAACAAGGAUAUCUCGGCCGAGUCUUGGUAUGCCUCGAAGCUCCAUCACCGUCCUAGCCUUGACUACGAUAUGGACCAGCACUAUGCUCAGUUUUACCAUGGCUACAACAAUUACGGCGGUGAUAUCAACUAUGAUGGUGGCGCUCAGGCGCCUUUGUCGACCACGCACUUUCAACAGUAUCAACAACAGCAAGUGCCCCCGGUCCAGAACCCGGCCUUCACCAACUACAACUACAACUCGUCGACCUUUGGCCAGCCUAGACAUCCAAUGUCCCCUGCUUACUCUUCCCACUCGGAUGACAUUGAUUCGGAUGACGCCAGUGUUUUGAUCAAGACGGAGACGUUCGUUCCUUCUCACCCUUUGGAUCACUACAAGAUGGAGCCUAUGGAGGACUGCACGCUCCCUCCUUUGAGGACCACCUUGUUCCUUCACGAGGCUCAAGCGCGCCUCCCCUCGAUCACCCACCAGAACAGCCGCUACCGUUCACACAGCAUUUGCUUCAACGCGACCAACAAUCACCCCACCGAGCCCUACCCUUCGCCCAAGACGCGCCGCCUCUCUCUCGUUGAGCUGAAUGCCCCUAUCCAGCAGGCAAAUAAGGCAACAGCCCAUCAGACCCAGAACAGUGCCCCUGCUGACCAGCGAAUGAACGGCGUGGAUGUGUCAGAGGAUGAGAUGCGAGCAUUGGAGGCUUUUGGACAGUUGUGGUCUCAGGGCCGUGAUGUCGAGUUGAACGAAGCAGGGAACAACAACAACCGAUCGAUGACCUCUCGUCGUAGCAUUGGUCCUGGACCCUAUCCCGUGUCGACCCAUGCGCCAGGCCUUGACGUCGGUCGUCGCCCUUCGUACCCCGUCAUGAACCUUCCUUAA